CCGAGUUUGAUCGGGAUCCGAAAGGUGCAGGGUCCCGAGGCACUGGAGCACAUGUUGCCGCCUAGAGCUUGCUGAAGCGCGACUGUAGAGAGCUGGUUGAACAAAUCAUAUCGUGCUCGAGAGAUCCUUUUUGGAUCCCAGCAAGAGUCGAAAGAGCCAUUUCAAAUGGUUCGCAUGCUUGUAUGGGACGAAUGAAGAGAGUCCGAGCUGUUGAUGCGGUGGUAAUAAAAGCAUCGCCCACUUCCAGCAUUUCAUACGUCCUCGGCGGCAAUGCUCCUUGUAUAGCCUUCGACGGUGCUGUCAUCAAACCGGCGCGUGGUUGUUUCAUUGUCUCACUCUGUCUCAACAGGGUAGGGGCCGAUCACGCCGUUUUAGGCGGAUACGACCUCGGAAGUCCAGGCCCAACGCAGCAGUCUCCGGUGAAGAGCGGCUUGAUUGCAGUGUCCACGAAAAGCGUUAUUAUUGGACACGCCAUUGCGCCACUCACUAGCGAUUGUUUGCAGAGCAGCAGAUCAUCAGAACCGAGUGCACCAUCUCCUCGAGGUCAGGCAGUGGUCGACGUUACCCGCAUUUGCUUGGGUAAAUAUCGUUUACAUGCGCCGUGCGCAAUGAACACAGGAGACGAGCUCGAGCGGCGGCUGGAGGGCGGCGAUUAGACGUUCAUCGGACGGCCUGUUCGCCAGCCACCGUGUGCAAAGGAAGGGGAGCUUGCUGAUCCCAUCACUCGUUUUGGACGUCGUACAAGGGCAGCUCCAUUGUACACCGCCUUGCCGCGCAGCACUCCGUCAUCUCAGCCAUCCUUUCCUUCUUAUUCAGUCUUAGGGAGGGCGAUAGGCAGCAGCGCAUCCGUGUUUAAAACCAGCAUUUCAAUCUUCCG